CUCGUGUCGGUUGGACGUGCGUCGCGUUGGGUUCGGAAGAUUUUUUUUCUCCUAGUGCCAGAGGGACAUUGUGUAACAAGCCAACUACAGCAAGAAGACAUUUAAUAGGUGUUCGCUGUACGCCAGCUGAGGAGAGAGGAUCAGCCGCAGCAGCAUCCUCUAUUCGCGGAUACCCAGAGUGAUAUUGUGCUAUUGCCUUCCCUGCCUGCUGGUGGUUGGGAAGAAGACGAUUGUGUGUGGUGGGCCUAUAUAGAAGAAGCAAGCCGAAAGUGCUGUUCGCUUCGCCGAGGCAAAAGUGACCGGACAAGUUCUGGAAUAAUAAUACACGUUGGUGGUGUUGUUGCGAUCCGCAGGAAGACGGCAAAUAAAGGUUGCGAAGUGAAUAUUUUUGUGCAAGAAUUUUGACCGUGAUUGGUUGAGGUGGUAGGGUUUCAGAGCUCUCGCAGGCGGGAUCCCGAUUGGUCAUAAACAUCUUUGCCGCGACCGCAAAUAUCGCCACACACCGGAGCGCAGUGCCCGUGUUCUGUCUCUAACCAGAUUGAUGUGGCUCUGUGUGUAAGCAACAUCAGCAGCAAGUUGGACAACUCGUCGUCGCACGACGGGGGCUGCUGGUAAUUGAAGAAGAGCGCGGUUUUCGACGCGAAAACAGAUACCCGCCUAAUUAAGUGUGUGAGUGUAUUGGAAGAAGACGCAAUAUUAAGGUGUUAGAACCAGAAUAAGUGUGUUGAACAAGUGAACCAAAGAACAUCGGGAAAUGACCGUACUUGUGCACAAUUGAAAGUGAUUUGAAUUUCAAUAUGCUCAUCGAUAUGGUUUCCAUGGAUGGUCGGUUUUAGGAUUGUCCACAUCUGAUGCCGUGUGAGCACUAAAACAGUUUUCGGCGACGGCGAAACCAGACAGUCAGACAAACAGUAGUGUCAACAAAGGUGCGAGGAGCGUCGGCGGAAACGUGUCGCUGAGGUGACCGAAGGUAUCGCUUCAGGGGCUUGAGAACGAAUCAACUGAUCGUUUAAUCGAGAUUAUCAUCAUUAUACUUCGUACCGCAAAUAGAAGAACGUUCAUCAAAUAGGUUGAACAGAAACAUCCAGGAAGGGAAUCAACCCAUCACCGGUACACGGGGCCGAUCGAAAAUCUCCGUGACCUGUGUUCUCGUCGACAGUAUCCUCGGCAAAUCUGUUGUGCAAAAGCAUUCGUGAUUCGAAAAGUAAAAAUCAACGAAAACAUCGCGAAGGAAGAGAUAAACGCAAGCAAAAUCAAUAAAAGGAAGAGAUAAACAGCAUGUUCUUAUCGUUGCCAGUCGGCGGCUAAAGCGGCGUCAGCAGUGCAGUGGUUGUUGACUGCAUCUUGUUUGCAAUGUGUUGGUAGAAAUAUAAAUAAAGUGUAAUGAAAAAGUUGCUGCAGUUUUGAAGUGCGAAUCUGCGGGUCUUCGAGGUGGUUUUGGUUCCGGGGCUGAUUCUCGGGUGCUCUUGCGCCACCGGAUUCUGGUUUGGUGGGUUGGAGUAUGACCUAGAGGUAUAAGGUGCACGGGAAGAUCACCGCGAAAAGACGCAAAUAGAAUACAGUGUAGAAGAGGAUGUUUUUUUUUUGUGUGAUGCAGUGAAGAGAAUGCGCGCGCGAGCAUAAAAGUGAACGUGCCCCAUAAAAGGGAUUGAAACUGGAAGAGGUAGUUGUGUGAGAAGACAAAACUCACCUUGAAGGGGUGUUCUCGCUAUAAUCCAGACAGUUACAAGAAACCACUGCGGCGCUGUUAGUUGUGAAUGCCUUUCCCGUUCUUCGCGGCGGACGGACGGCGUGAAGAAGAAUAUUACGGCAUAGGUGCUCGCGACAGGAUUGCCGGUACCGGGUGCCGAUGAAUGAAAAUAGAAAUAGCCGCCAGGGGAAGACGGCAGUGGUCGUAAGUGGCAGUCGAGAGCGCAAUUCAAUCCGCCCGUCGUCGUCAUCGUCGUCGACGUCUAGUGGAAAAAGUGCAACGAUGAUGCUAGUGUUGGGAUUUUUGUUUCUCGUCGCCGCGACGCUGCAGCCAACGACCGCUGUUGGCAUUGAAAAAGUGGCGUCGAGUGCAGGUGUUGGUGCAAGCACGCCGACCGUAGCCGGUGGCAGCGUGCUGGACGGUGGCGGUGGUGGUGAAGAAAAAAGUGAUGUUAGUGAUGGUGUCAUUAAUUAUGGAAAUCAAAACAAGUACGAAGAACUUGCCUCGAGUCCUGAUGCAGCAACAUCAACAGCGAAGCGGUCCAUUGGCAAGAGAAGUGCAACCAGUACGACGACUCCUCUGGCGCACGAUUCCGAUUUUCUAGUCACUUGCCCGAGGUCGCACUUCACCUGCGGCGAUGGCAAAUGUAUACCGCAGCACUGGAAAUGUGAUACUUACGCGGACUGCAUGGACGGUUCGGACGAAAUCGAUUGUGAUAUAGCACAUCAGUGCAAAGAGGAACAGUUCCAGUGCAAACUAACGAACAAAUGCAUCCCCCGGAGCUGGACCUGCGACGGGGAUGCCGACUGCGGAGUAGUGGAGAAAUUUCGCACCAUCGACGUCUCGGACGAGGAUGCGGAACUGUGCCGCAGCUCGAAGCACUGUCUUCCGACGCAAACCGUUUGCAGCAACGGCAAGUGUCUAGAUAUAGAUAAAUUCUGCGACGGAGUGUGGGACUGCUCGAACGACGAGCUGCGCUGUCCGAAAAAUAACACCUCCGAGUGCGAUACGCUGCAAUGUUCCUUCGACUGCCGGCAAACGCCGAACGGUCCCAAAUGUUUCUGUGCCAAAGGAAGUCAACCGAAUGGGAGUGUGUGCGAGGAUUUUGACGAGUGUAAGAUCGAGGGAAUCUGUGAUCAAACGUGUAAGAACCUGCCGGGGUCGUAUAAGUGUACCUGCGCCAGCGGGUACAUCCGGAUCGACAAUAAGUGCCUUGCCAUCAAUACGCCGAAGGAGGAACCGAUGUCCCUCCUAUUUGCCACAUCAACCGAUGUGCAGAAAUUUCCUGUGAUCAACGGUUCCGUAGUAACCAACGAAAAUUCAUCUAGCAUAAAGCUGGCGCUUAACAACAUACGAGUGCUAGAAAUGUACCAUCGAAAUCGAACGAUAUGCCUGAUUCGAUCCGCAACGACAACCCGCUUCGAAUGCUACAAUGUGGACAAUGUAACUCAUACAUGGGAAAUGCCACUGCCUGACUUGUUCCCUAACAUAGAUUCCGUCGACCAGGUUAGCAUAGAUUGGAUAUCCGGGAAUUGGUACUUUCUCGACGAUCAGCGGGAAAUCAUAUUCGUCUGUUCGGCCAUCAUGCAGCACUGUACGAUAGUCCUGGAAAAUGAUCUCAUGAAACCUCGGGGGAUGGCUUUAGAUCCGACCGUGGGGUUUCUCUUCUUUACUAAAUGGGGCAAAUCGUUGGCUAGCGUUGAGCGGUCCUUUCUCGAUGGAAGCAACCGUACAUCGAUCGUGCUGAAGAAGAUCGUCUAUCCGCAUGGCGUCGCGUUGGAUCUGGCUCUGCAACAUACGUACUGGGUGGAUACCUAUCUGGACUCGAUCGAACGGGUCGAUUACGACGGUAACAAUCGGUGGUUUCUGAAAAAGUCGGCAAAUUUCAUGAUCAAUCUGCAAUCAAUCCACACCGUAAAUGUAUUCGAGUCGACUAUUUUUUUAGCAUCAUGGAAAAAUCGAUCGAUAGUAGCGAUCGAUAAGUUUACAGCGGAGGCGAAACUCGUCGCUACGGAUAUCGCUCGGGCGUUUCACUUGCACAUCUUUCACCGACAGAAGCAACCGGAGACGGCACAUCCCUGCCGGCGGCAGAACGGCGGAUGCGACCAUCUGUGCAUCCCGGUGUGGAAGAAAUCGGUGGCUAUCGGACUGUGUAUGUGCUCCCCGGGCUAUCGGUUAAAGUCGAAGACUCAGUGCGUUCUAAUCAAACGGCCAACGUUCCUCAUCUACGCCAAGUCGAACCCCGGAAUGAUCCGAGGGAUCCCGCUGGGGAUUAAAUCACAGGAGGCGAUCGUCCCGGUGUCCGAUAUUGGGCGGGAUAUCACCUUCGAUUACCACAUCGAGGACCAGCUGCUCUACUUUGCGCAUCAUGACAAACUGCAACCGAAGUUUUCAAUCGAGAGCCAGAAAUUGGAUGGCACAGGUCGCGAAAAACUAUGGGAAGCGGAAGGAUCCUGUGAUGGGCUCGGCUAUGACUGGGUCGGCAAUAAUCUCUUCUACACCAAUGCGGAACGGGGACACAUAACGGUGCUCAAAUUGGGCGCCAGACGAAUCGCUCACGUUGUACUUCGCGAUCUGGUUCGGCCUCAAGCGAUCGCACUGGACCCGAAGAAAGGUAUGAUGUAUUGGUCCUCGUGGGCUCCCGACGAUGCCAAAAUCGAGUGGUCUUGGAUGGAUGGGAACCGGCGGGAUACGCUGGUCGAUGCACGAAUCCGACCGAUGAUCUGGCCCAGCGGGCUGGUACUAGAUCAGAUCCAAAAGCGAUUGUAUUGGUGCGACUCAAGGACAGGAUUGAUCGAGAGUGUCACCCUGGACGGACAGGAUAGAACUCUGUUGUACGACGGCAUGGCGGGCAAUCACUAUCCAGUGACGAUCGGAAUAUACAAACAGCAGAUCUACUUUUCCGAUAACGUGAAGGGAAACAUUGAACGAUUAAAUGUUAGCGAUCCGCGAUACACCGAUACGAUCGCGGUGGUGAAACCACGUCUGUCUGGUCUUAAGAUAUUUGACAACCUCACCCAGUACAACAGCAAUCACCAGCAACUCUGUGACGAUGGAUGUCCGGGGAUUUGUAUCAACACUCCACUGCGACCAAGUUGCGUCUGCGAGGAAUCGUUUGUGCUGAAUGAAAAUCAAACCGCCUGUGUACCGGUCGCGAGUGUUAAAACUCCCCCGAUGAAGUGUCCCAAUGAAACGAACUUUCUGUGUAAGAAUGGAGUCCAGUGUAUCGAUCAGAGAUUCACUUGCGAUGAUGAUCGUGACUGUGAUGAUGGUAGCGACGAAGAGCAAACCCCAGAUGGACCUUGCAACCCGAACUGUGACUUGGAACACAAUUUCAAAUGUGAUGACCAAAGAUGCAUAAACAGAUCGUUGGUGUGCGAUGGCACGGUGAACUGCAUCGACGAGACGGAUGAAGACUACGCACACUGUUCGAACAUAACUUGCUUGGAUAACUUUUUUCAGUGCGAAAACAGUCGACGCUGCAUUCCGAAGGCGUGGGUGUGCGAUCGGCAUCCAGAUUGCGGUCCGAGCGACUUGUCCGACGAACCACCACACUGUCACAAGUGCGAUGAGUUCGAGUUCGAGUGCUUGAACGGAGUUUGCAUUCCGUUCGGUCAGCUCUGCGAUGGAGAGAACAACUGUGGUGACCACUCGGACGAGGCUCAGUGCGACGUGGAAUGCAAACCGAACGAAUUCUUCUGUAGCCCUUACGGUUGCAUUGAUCGAUCGCAGAUGUGCGAUCCCAAGUUGAACUGCUUGAACGCAUUCAGCGGAUGUGAUCAACCGAUGAACGGAAGCUUCAGCGGAACAACCAUAAUGCCAGCAGAGCCCAUGUUGACCGCAGAUGAAGUGAAGCUGGCCUCGUGCAAGCAAGAAGCAAAACAGUAUUGUGGCACUGACAAGAACUGCACCGAACACUAUCAAAAACUGUGUCAGAAUGCUACGCUUCCUACGGCUUGCCUUUAUCCAGACAGGAUAUGUCGGCCAACGAACGUCUGCAUUAAGGUCGACCAGCUGUGUGAUGGACGCAUGGACUGUCCCGAUAAUACGGACGAGGGGUUUCGUUGCAAAGAUCAGCUAUGCGACAAAGUCACCCGGGAAUGCUCGCAUACUUGUCACAAUGCACCGGAAGGGUUCGUAUGCUCCUGCCCAGAGCAUUUAUUUCUUCAGCCCAAUCUGAAAGACUGCAAGGUUGAUCACGCUUGCGAACAUUGGGGAACGUGCUCUCAGAUUUGUACUCCUGAUUCAAAACACUACAAAUGCAGUUGCAAAGAAGGUUACACGUUGACAUACGACAAUUUUACUUGCCGGAGCAACAACCCGGAUGCUCCGCACGUGAUCUUUAGCAAUCGACAAGAAAUUAGAGGAGUUGAUUUGAAUACGCUGGCCGUAAAAAACUUCUACACCUCACUCAGGAAUACCAUUGCUCUGGAUUUCCUCUGGGGUAACGAAUCAGUACAGAUCUUUUGGACGGACGUGAUCGAUGACAAGAUCUUUCGAGGAACACUGACCGGAGACUCGUUAAGCAACGUGGAAGCCGUCGUACAAUCCGGUUUAUCAACGGCCGAAGGAUUGGCAGUCGACUGGAUAGGGAUGAACCUGUACUGGAUCGAUAGCAAUCUCGAUCAGAUCGAGGUUGCGAAAACCAACGGAAGUUACCGCCGCACGUUGGUUGCCGGAGACAUGGUGAACCCUAGGGCGAUCGCGUUGGAUCCCAUGGAGGGGCUUCUCUUCUGGACGGAUUGGGAGGAAGGCGCUCCCAGACUGGAACGGUGCACAAUGGCAGGCGAGGAUCGCACCACUAUCAAAUACGUUGGCUCUGAUGGAGGUUGGCCGAAUGGUAUCACGCUGGAUUACGUCCUGAAACGUGUUUACUGGAUAGAUGCGCGCUCGGAUUCGAUCCACACGAUCAACUACAAUGGCCAAGAUCAUCAUCUGGUUAUUAAAGACCAGGAAGUCCUCUCGCAUCCUUUCAGCAUAACCCUUUUUGACAACUACGUUUACUGGACGGAUUGGCGUACGAAUUCAGUGAUAAGGGCCAACAAAUGGAACGGAACGGAUGUAACCGUUAUCCAGCGCACACAAAGCCAACCAUUCGGCAUACAAAUCCUACAUUCCAGUAGACAACCAAACGAUCGCACAAACAACCCAUGCGCCCAAAGCAACGGUGGUUGCUCACACUUGUGCCUUCUUAGCGUUAAUCAGACCUACCAGUGUGCUUGUCCGCAUGUGAUGCGACUAGACACGGACAAAAAACGGUGUGUCCAAAACGAAGAGAUCCUUCUGUUCGUCAUGUCAACGGAAAUUCGAGGCGUCGAUCUGCAACAGCCGAACCAUUAUACGAUCCCCACAAUCAGUCACCAGACGCAAGUGGUCCAGCCGGCCGUGCUGGACUACGACAUAUCGGAGGGUAGACUGUUUUGGAACGACAUCCAGCUGAACGAAAUCAAGUCAUCGGACCUGGCAACGGGACCCAUCGAAACGAUACUGGACACAGACAUUGCCCAUUCGUUAGGGUUCGCGGUUGACUGGAUCUCAAAGCUGCUGUACGUGUCAACGGGCACGGACAUCACGAGCCGCAUCUUGGCGUGCAACAUGAAGGGAGAAUAUAUGACGGAGAUUUUGACGGACCUGUCGAUGGUCAACAGCCUGGUGGUACAUCCGUCCAAGGGAGUUCUGUACUUUGCAACCACGAGCGAGUCGCCAAAACUGUACGAGCUGUACUCCAGUCGAAUGGACGGUUCGGAAAAGAAGCUGAUCAGCAAUUCCACAUUCUACCCAAUGGAGAGCUUGGUGCUGGACUUUGCAACAGAACGGUUGUACUACAUCACUUCCAAACUGGGCGAGAUUUACUACUACGACAUUGAAAGUGGACAGAUCACCGAAGUGCUGGGCGCCAUCGGGUCGCACCCGAUCAGCACCAUGACCAUCUACCGGGAGCACAUCUACUUUGACGAUGGGUUCGACAGCCGGAUCGUGCGGUGCAACAAGGAUGCCUGCAAGAGCCCGGAAGUGGUUCGGAAUAACACCGGCGGUGUGAACGCCAUCCGGAUGUACCAUCCGGGGGCGCAAAACGGGACCAACUCGUGUCGUCAAAGCGGCGGAGGUGGUUGUCAACAUCUGUGCGUUCCACUGUCCGGUCAGACUCAUACCUGUAAGUGCGCCAUGGGCUACCGGAAGGACCCGCAAGACGCGUCGCGGUGUGUCGGAAUCGAUAGCUUUUUGAUGUACUCGAUCGGUCAUCAGCUGAAGGGGCUUCCGGUGGGUAAGGCACUGGAUCAGAGGGAGGUUGUGCUUGGGCCACUGCAGAAGAUCUCGCUUGCCACUGGAAUCGAUUACCAUGCGAAGAGUGACUUCGUGUUCAUCGCAGAUAGUGAUCGGGGGUCAAUUACGAAGAUCAAGCGUGAUGGCAGCGAGAGAUCGGUGAUUGUCAACAACUUUGAACAGGUAGUGGACGGUAAUUCCCUGGACUGGUUGGGAGGUAUUGCAGUUGAUUGGGUGGCGGAUAAUAUCUACUGGACGGAUCAGAAGAGGAACCUGAUUGAAGUUGCACGAUUGGAUGGUUUGAUGCGGUACGUGGUGGCGUCGAAUGUGGAGAGUCCGCAGUUGAUUGCCGUCGAUCCGGUAGGCGGCUAUAUUUUCUACGCUGGAAAGGGUAAGAUAGGGAGGACUGGACUAGAUGGCACGGGGAAGUUUAUUCUGGUCAACCAGUCUUCUAUCAUCAGCGAUUUAACGUUGGAUGUUGAAAAUCAGGUCGUGUAUUGGUGCGAAGUUCAAACAGACAGUAUUUGGAGAGUAGAUUAUGAUGGCAACAUGAAGAGAGUGUUGUUGAACAACACUCUGGACAACGUACAGGCAUUAGAUUUGUUCGAAGAAAACAUUUUUUGGUCCGAUGUUCGAGGAAACAUCAAGGUGGCAAACGUGAAGAACAUCACGAAUUUCUGGUCAGUGAUCGAAGCGGAUGGUAAUCCAAUGAAAGAUAUCAAAAUUUUCUCAUCGAAAAAACAACAAAAAACUAACGCCUGUGGUACGAAUAACGGCGGCUGUGAGCAUCUCUGUUUGUUCAACGGAACACAUCCAAUCUGUGCCUGCUCCCACGGCAAAGUAUCCACCACCGACUACAAAACUUGUGAACCGUACGACAGUUUCUUGAUCUAUUCACGUGUCUCCGCGAUCGAAAGUAUCCACCUGACCGACUCCCAAAACCGCAACGGUCCUAUCCCGGAGAUUCAAAACUCAACCUUCCUGAAAAGUACGAUCGCUCUCACCUAUGACUACGACCAAAACCUGAUCUACUACUCAGACGUCGAGUUCAGUUCGAUCAAUUCCGUAUACUUCAACGGAUCGGACCAUCGCCAGCUCGUUACCAAACAGUUGACGGUCGAAGGCCUCGCCUACAAUCCAAUCACCAAACAUCUGUUCUGGACUUCCAACAACGAAGCUUCCAUUCGCUCACUGGACAUGUCCAACCUAACGCACGACCCCAAGACCAACGCCGGUAUGGUCAAGGAACUGAUCAAGCUGAAACCAACGGACAAGCCCCGAGGAAUUGCCGUCGAACCGUGCCUCGCCAUGAUCUAUUGGACCAACUGGAAUACGCUGUCGGCGUCGAUCCAGCGUGCCUAUCCCUCCGGCUACGGCUUGGAAAGUAUCAUCACCACGGACAUCCGGAUGCCGAACGCGAUCACGUUGGAUUACCAAGCGAAGAAACUAUACUGGGCCGAUGCACGUUACGAUAAAAUCGAGCGAGCAGACUACGAUGGUCGGAAUCGUGUGGUUCUGGCCCACUCUACACCGAAGCAUCCCUUCGCAAUGGCCGUCUACGGAGAUCUACUGUUCUGGACCGACUGGAUUCUGCACGCCGUGAUCAGGGCCAAUAAGUAUUCCGGGAGUGAUGUGCUGUGGUUGAGGAAUGACAUUGUUCGACCGAUGGGAAUCGUAGCUGUGCAGAAAAUCGAUCAAGACUGCAGUGCAGACCCCUGUCGUGUGUUGAAUGGAGGUUGCGAAGACGUUUGUAUGAUUGAUGCCGCCGGUAGGAUAAAGUGCAGCUGCACACAGGGAGUCUUGGCCACGGACGGGAAGCGAUGUGUUCCGAAUUUGUCGUCCCACUGUUCGGCGGAGGAGUUUAGCUGUUCGGUCGGUGGAUGCAUUCCGUUUUACUUAACAUGUGACAAGAUUACGCAUUGUAUUGAUGGAUCUGACGAGAUGGCGAGCUUCUGCAACAGUAGACAGUGUCCGAGUGGGUUUUUCUUGUGCGCGAAUCGGCGCUGUAUUCCAGAAUCGCAGAAAUGCGACAACAUUCAGAACUGUGGUGAUGGCAGUGACGAGCAGAAUUGUCCGUGUGACCCGGAAACGAAGUUCCGCUGUAACAACGGGUUGUGUAUAUCGAAAAAGAUGCGCUGUGACAACGAUCCUGACUGUGGAGAUGCUUCGGAUGAGAUCGGAUGCCCCAAGGUCCGAAACUGCAGUGCGAUUCAUUCGGGAGAUUUCCUGCAGUGUCCACACACAACGGCCUGCUACAUUGCCUCAUGGGUAUGCGACGGGGAAAACGACUGCUGGGAUAACAGCGAUGAACAGAACUGUACGGCCUCGGUUGCCCCGACAUGUCCAGCGGAUAAGUUUCUGUGUGACAAUGGCCAUUGCAUUCCGCAGAACUGGCGCUGUGAUAAUGAGGAUGACUGUUUGGAUGGAACGAUCACGAGUUUGAGUUCGGAUGAGAUGAAUUGUACGCGUCAUUGCAAGCCGAAUCAGUUCCAGUGUUUGAAUUCUUCCGAGUGUAUUCCGAACAGCUGGCAGUGCGACCAUAAUCCGGAUUGUGCCGAUGGGUCCGACGAGGGUGAUCACUGUCAGCAGCGGGUUUGCCCGGACUGGGAAUUUCAGUGUCCGGGAAGUGGACGUUGUAUUCCGAAGAAGUGGACCUGCGAUGGAGAGGUUGAUUGUUUCAGUGACGGAUCAGAUGAGAAAAAUUGCGACAAUGUGAUGGUGGGUUGCGAUUUGGAAUCGUUCUCUUGCCACAGCGGAGAAUGCAUCAAUAGACUGUUUGUGUGCGAUGGCGAUGCGGAUUGUCUUGACGGUUCCGAUGAACAUCUGGACUGUAGUGAAAGCACCGUGGCAACAACUUGUCAAGCCGAUGAGUUCCGCUGCAAGAAUCAGAAGUGUAUUCCAAACAAUUUAAUAUGCAACGUAAAUAAUGAUUGUGAGGACGGAUCUGACGAGGAUAUCCAGUUGUGCAAGAAUACAACCCUCAUCUGCGCUGGACCGGAACUUUUCCGCUGCGAAAGCGGAGUAUGCAUCACUAGUGGAUUGUUGUGCGAUGGACAGAAUGAUUGCGUUGACUGGAGUGACGAAAAGUCUUGUCAGAUCAACGAAUGCGAACAGAUGCCAGAGCUGUGCGCCCAUGCGUGUGAAGAUCGAGAAGUGGGGUACGAGUGCACCUGUCGAGCGGGUUUCAAGGUAAACGUAAUCAACAAGCAUCUGUGUGACGACGUGGAUGAGUGCCUCGAUCGACCCUGUAGCCAAGUGUGUAUCAACACUUACGGAUCGUAUCAUUGCUCGUGCCAGGAAGGAUACGUGAGUCGAGAAAACGGAACCUGCAAGGCAGAUUCAUUGGAAAGCACAAAACUUAUAUUCUCCAAUCGAUACUACGUUCGAGAGGUUGAUCUCAAUGGAUCAAUGACGAUCCUGGCACACAACCUGUCCAACGCUAUUGCGCUGGAUUUUGAUUGGGAAACCAAAUGUUACUACUGGUCUGACGUAAAUUCGGUGAUCAGCUCAAUCAAACGGAUGUGUAUGACUUCAAACAAAACUGAAACUCUGCACAAGUCGACGUUGAAGAACCCAGACGGACUGGCGAUCGAUUGGGUGGCCAAGAAUUUGUACUGGUGCGACAAGAGUCUGGACACGAUCGAAAUUUCCAAACUGGAUGGACGCUAUCGGAAGAUUCUGAUCGCGGACAACCUCCAGGAGCCAAGGGCAAUCGUGCUAGACCCGUUCCGCCGGAAUAUGUACUGGACGGAUUGGGGUGACCAACCCUACAUCGGUAAGGCCGGUAUGGACGGAACAAAUCAAAGCAUGCUAAUCAAAAGUCAUCUCGGGUGGCCGAAUGCGCUGACGAUCAGUUUCGAGACAAACGAACUCUUCUGGGGUGAUGCAAGGGAAGACUUCAUUGCUGUCAGCGAUCUUGAGGGACGUAACCGAAAAGUGAUCCUCUACCGAGAUAUGCAUCCGAGCAUGAAUCUGCAUCACGUGUUCGCCAUCGCUGUGUGGGAAGAUCGUGUCUACUGGACUGAUUGGGAAACGAAAUCUAUAGAGUUCUGCCACAAGUAUCGAGGUGACAACUGCGGUACCGUGAUAAAGACCAUUCAUCGACCUAUGGAUCUCCGGAUUUUCCACCCGUAUCGACAGAAGAAACCCGAAGAAAAUCCUUGCCUACUGGCAGGCUGCUCAACGCUCUGUCUUUUGUCACCUGAUCCAGCCGGUUAUAAAUGCGCCUGUCCAGAUAACUUUAUUCUUGGCAACGACAACAAGACCUGCUUGUCUAAUUGUUCAUCGGCUCAGUUCCUGUGCAAUACGACGUUCAAGUGUAUCCCGUACUAUUGGAAGUGCGACAAGCAGGACGAUUGUGGCGACAACAGCGACGAGCCGGACGAUUGCCCGGAGUUCAGCUGCGAGUCGGGCCAGUUUCAGUGUGACAAUAAUAAGUGCAUCAGUCCGAGUUCGAUUUGCGACGGCAAUAACCAGUGCGGAGACAACUCGGACGAGAAAGGCUGCGACGAUUACGAGUGCUUCAAUUCACAGUUUAAGUGCAGCCGGUCGGGCAAUAACAGCGCGUUCUGUCUGGAUGGUCACAAGCGCUGCGACGGGAAGCGCGAUUGCUACAACGGCGAAGACGAGCUCGGUUGCAAUGUGACGGCCUGUGCCGACUAUCAGUUUAAGUGCGGUUCGGGCAAGUGCAUUACCAAGGUCUGGGCUUGCGAUGGCGAUGUGGACUGCCCGGAUGGAACGGACGAGCACAACUGCGGAGAGCGGACUUGCGAGAAUAACGAGUUCAGGUGCAACAACGGCCGCUGUAUCCCAACAUCGUGGCGCUGCGAUGGUGAGGACGACUGCCACGACGGAGAAGACGAGAAGGAAAACUGCAAACAACCGGACGUGGCCAAGUGUGAGGCUUCGUACUUCCGUUGCAACAACUCCAAAUGUAUUCCCGGACGGUGGCGGUGCGACUACGAGAACGAUUGCGGCGAUAACUCCGACGAAACAAACUGCAUGAUGCGCAACUGUUCGGAGUCAGAGUUCCGCUGUCGAGAUGGGCACUGUAUCAGAGGUAUCCGGCGCUGUGAUGGGGAGUACAAUUGCGCCGAUCACAGUGACGAGGAGGAUUGCGAUGUGAGCUGCAAACCGGAUGAGUUCAAGUGCACGAACCACAACGUUUGUGUAAGCAUGAGCUUCAUGUGCGAUGGCGAUAACGACUGCAUCGAUGGUUCGGACGAAGAGAAUUGCGAGUGUCAUGAGGACGAGUACCGUUGCGACAAUGGAAAAUGCAUCCUCAAGAACUGGGUUUGCGAUGGAAUCGAUGACUGUUUCGACCGCUCGGAUGAGAAGUUCGAGUACUGCCAGCAAAACGGAUGCAACAAACGUGCCUUCAAAUGUAGCAAUAGUAACUGCAUCCGCAAGGGACUGGCGUGUGAUAACAAGGACGAUUGCGGAGAUAACAGCGACGAGAAGACAAGCCUGUGUCAGAAAUGUCCAAGCGGGACGUUCCGCUGUAGCAGCGAUUCCAAGUGCAUUCCCAGUAGUUUGCGAUGCGAUGGCCAAUCGAAUUGCAUAGACGAAUCCGAUGAACUCGGUUGUGUGAGGAUGGAUUGUGGAUUUGGAUCUUGUAGCCAGAUGUGCUUGGUUAAGAAGGGGUAUUACAAUUGUCAGUGUGCCGCAGGCUAUCGCAAAGGACCGCUGCGCAACGAUACUUGCGUUGCAACCGAAGAGGAAGGCUUGCUUCUGGUUUCGUCCGAAUCGGACUUCAGAAGUAUCUACCAAGGCACAACGGUGAUGGGAUUCCUGCAGACGAACUCUAAGAAGAUUGAUCGUUUUGACUACUCCAUAACCAAGCAUAACAUAACGCUGUUCUGGGUGGACAGUCUGGACAAAAGUCUGCAGAAGGUGUACAUGGACACUUCGGUCAAAGUUGAAGAAGCGGUAGAGGGUCCACACAGCGUUUACCCUAGAGCAUUGCCAUCACACGAUCGUAUAAAGACGCUUGAUGGAAAACACUCGACCGUAAUACUGAAAGAUCAGAAGGUCAUACCGCUGGCGAUCGCAUGCGAUUGGUUGACAGAGCACAUCUACGUCAUUAAUAAGAAGCUAAGUAACAUAUUUGUGAUAACGUUCAACGGCACCAACCAGACGACGCUGACGGCGACAGGUAAACAUCCGAUCGACAUUGUCGUCGAUCCAGUCAAUCGGGUGAUGGUUUGGUCGGUCAUGGAAGCGAUUAUUCUGUCUGGAAUGGAUGGCUACAAAAAGCAAAAACUAGUUCAGGCCAAUAUCGAGUGGGCGUCCGGACUGGCCAUCGAUCAAACCACCAACCGUCUCUACUGGGCAGACUACCGCAAGAGUACGAUCGAGACGUGUCUGCUAAUGACCGGGGGCGAUCGUCACGUCAUCCGUGAGCUGUACGACUACACGAAACCAAAGCUACUGGACUUGUUCGAGGAUAGCAUCUAUGUGAUAUUGUACAAUCAAAGUAUCCUCAAGUUGAACAAGUUCGGGCGGGACAACGGUACGGAGGUGUUCCAAGGCACGCGAGGAUACAGAUCAUCUGAUCUGCAUUACAUACAUCCGUUGAAGCAUAACCGAAAAGUUUCCAACCCUUGCACCAUGUACCCCUGCCACGAAUCGGCCGUCUGUCUCCUCUCGAUCGAAGAACCUUUGGGUCGGCAUUGCCUCUGCCCAGACAACCAUAAGAUCGUCAAUCAAACGUCCCCGGUAGUACAGUGCGCCAAGGAAUCACCCAUGGAGUGUAAGCUUCCGUGCAUCUUCGGCAAGUGCGUCAUCGAAAACGGCCAGCAACGGUGCCAGUGUUCUGGUCUGUUCGACGGCAAGUAUUGCGAGCACUACACCUGUUCCCAGUACUGCAAAAACCGAGGCGAAUGCUACAUCUUGAACGACGUGCGCAAAUGUUUCUGUUUGCCGCAGUGGACCGGAGAUCGGUGCGACAUCUCUACGGAAGCGUGCUUGCAGCACUGCCACAAUGGAGGAAAUUGUUCCAUCUCGAACAAUGGCAGUCUGUCGUGCAGUUGUCCGGAGGACUACAGCGGACCGCAGUGCGAACAUUGUUCCAACUUCAAGUGCGAGAAUGGUGGAAUUUGUAGGAAAACUGCCACUGAUAGAGAUCAAUGCGAGUGUCCGGAUGGAUUCAGUGGUCGCAGUUGCGAGGUCAAUAACUGCGCCAAUUAUUGCCACAAUGGAGGUGGAUGCGUUAUCGAAAAAGGAUACCCCAAAUGCAGCUGUCCGGACGGCUCGUACGGAGAUCGUUGCGAGAAUCAAAACUGUAAGGAACUAUGCCGGAAUGGUGGCUUCUGCAUGACCGGUCCAAAGCCGUUCUGUAGCUGUCGGAAGGGUUACGAGGGACAGUUUUGUGAGAUCGAUCUCUGCGACAGCAGCGACAAUCGACCUGAAUAUUGUCCGCCGAUGCGUCCAACGCCGAGUCCGCUACCGACUCCGUGUGAGCAUUACAUCUGCAGCAACACCGGUCACUGUUUGGAGGUGCGCGGUGAACCGAUCUGCAACUGUACCAAUCAGUAUGGUGGCAAGCACUGCGAAAUGUACGUCGGUUACAACAAUCCGUGCAUAAACUACUGCAAGAACAGCGGCAUCUGCCAGUUGGAUGUGUACUCGGCGUGGAACGUGACGUACGUUCCCUCGUGCGUGUGUGUCGGAGAAUGGAGCGGAACACAAUGUGAGCGGCCACCGAACUGCAUCGACGAUUGCGGUACCUGUGUGGCCGGCAGCUCCAUCAACGAGUGCAUGUGCGAGGAUGGUUCGCUCAGCAUUUGCCUGAAGGAAAUUGCCGUUGCCGAAUUGGAGGGUCGAGAACGAGCCGGUUACACGCUGUCAAUUUUAGCGAUCGUGCUAUUUGUGAUACUGAUAGCGGUGGCCGGAUUUGGAGGAGCGCUCUACGGGCUUAAGAAACGUAGAGGCGGGCUUCCAUUUUCACACGCCCGGCUUACGGAGAACGUGGAGAUUACCAAUCCCAUGUAUCUGGGCGAUGUGGAAGAAGUGCCCUCAUUUGUACACGAGGACGAUAAGGCCCACUUUGCCAACCCGGUGUACGAUUCGAUGUAUGCCGGCGGAGUGAACGUGCACGCCGACUCGUCCUCGAUACCGGGUAACAGCGCCCACCCGCUGCUGAACGUGUCCGGUUCGGCCCCGGAGGAGAAGAAGGGCCUCCUCCAGCACACGCUGGACGACUCGAACGCGCAGGACUUGUUAUGAUAUCGGUUGAAGAAAUAGUAGCAAAUGCGAUUCUAGAGGCUGAUCGUGAUGGGAAGAGUAACGGUCCGGUCCCUCUAGAAUAAGGUUCGUCAUUUGCCAGCUUUGUUUACUUUGUUCUCUGAUGAUGUAGGAAUAGUUAGAUGUAUGUUAUUUCUCUAUCAUAAUGUUAGAAAUAUGCGUUUAUUUCGUUACGCUUUGAUGAAGAAACAUAAAGAUAGUCAUUUUCUAAUUGUUAGACCCUGUUAUAGGUCAAAGAAAAAUGUUUCACAGGGAAUCUGUAUAUAGUAUGUAAAAGUAAAUCUACAUCAGAACUCAUUUAACUUUAGUAGUAAGAUUGUAAAGUUUCAAAGAUCUCGAAAAACACUUUUAGUGAAUACGAGAUCGUGACUAUUUUUAUAUUUGCCUUUUAUCUGUUUACGAGAUUGAUUCAGUGAACGUGAAGAUAGACGAUGUAAAUUAGUAUCCAAUUGAAUCUAUGAUAGCUUCUAUUUCUGUUAGUUAGUCAAAGAUCAAACGUGGUGCCGUGGAGGUAGUAGGACAGAUCAUAAAGAUCACCCCAAUGAGCUUUAAACAACUUUAUGUUAAGUAAUCCAUAAUAAUCAUUCAUUGUACAUUCACAAUAUAGUAUCCAAUAAUAGUUAAUACUCCAGAAUUCUUCAUGAUCACCUUUUACUCGAAACCACGACGACGAAACGCCAUCAUUAAAAAGCGUUCAUUAUUAUAUUUCUCUUGAAUGACAAAGCAACAAUAAAAAUAAACACUAACCAUGAUGCGAAAUUUGUCCAUCCACUUUUUGAUAAUAAGAAAAUCUUAGCAAAUAACAAUUGUUAAUAAAAAGAACAAAUCCAUGCUUGUUUGUAAACGAGAAAACUAAACGAAAACUCUAGAAAUUGAUUGUGAUUUUUAUAAAACAAACGUAAGUAAACGAAUCCUAUCGUUAAAUAAAUUAUUACUAGUUCAGAAAGAUUCUGUGAAACGAACAGUUAAACAAAUAUUAGUUAGUAAAACAUAUUGUAAGGGAAACAAAUCCUGUAAAGAAAUAGUUUAAUUCAGAACGAUAGCCAUUUCUAUCUUUUAAAUCGCGAACGAAACAAUAGAAUGCCAUAAAGGAAGAUGAUAUCGCAAACAAACUGCUCUAAUGCCAUAACGAAAUAUCAGUAAGCACAGUUUGCCAACACGGAAUAGCCAAACUCAUUGAAUAUCAGCAAACUAAACAGAUAAGCGCCGAUACAAUUGAGACUAGUUGUAAAAAUAUCGUUUUUGUACUCAACGCGCGAUUGAAGUAGAGUCAACUGUUGGCAGAAAUCGAACACCCAGACGACGUAGGACGAGAUUUUGUCACGAACAAAUUUAGGAAAAUCGUUUUAAAUAAAGACUGUAAUUUUGCAAA